AUGACGUACGUUGUGGUUACUGGUGCAUCUGGGUAUCUUGCACAGCACGUGAUCAAGCAACUUUUAGAAAGGAACUAUAAAGUCAUUGGGACGGUGAGGAAUCAGCAGAAAGCUGAGGACAUCGCCAAGCUAUUCCAAAAUGAUAACCUUACUUUGGAAUUGGUCCCAGAUUUGUUGCAGGCAGAUGUUUUUGACGAUUUGUUUUUGAAGUACACCGGGCAGAUCAAACACGUCAUUCACACAGCGUCACCAUGUCGUUUCGACACCACCGAGUAUGAGAAUGAGAUGCUACUUCCAGCCAUUAAUGGUACUAAACGUGUUUUAGAGUCAAUUAAGAAGUAUGCAUCGGAAACUGUAGAAACAGUAGUGUAUACCUCUUCUGUUUCGGCAUUGGCUAAUCCAGCAGGUAUUCUUGACUCUAAUUUGACGUUGACGGAAGAGUCUUGGAACCCAGACAGCUUUGAAGAUGGUAAGAAGGACGUUUUCUCAGCUUACUAUGUUUCAAAGACUUUUGCUGAAAGAACAGCGUGGGACUUUUGGAAGGAAAACAAGGAUCAAGUAAAAUUCCAGUUGACUACAAUAUGUCCAAGCUAUAUCUUUGGGCCACAAGCUUUCGAGGAAAAUGCUAAAGGCACUUUAAACUUCUCAACCGAGAUUGUAAAUAAGAUAUUGCACUCUAAGCCAGGUGAUGAGUUGGACAAGAACUUCGCAGGUGCAUUUGUUGAUGUAAGAGAUGUUGCAAGGGCACAUGUGUUAGCGUUAGAGAAGCCUGAACUUAAAUCGAAGAGAUUGGUAUUGUUGAAUGAUGUUUAUGCUCUACAAGAUGUGGCAGACUACAUCAAUAAACACUUCCCCGAACUCAGAGGUAAAAUUGCAACUGGUGUCCCAGGAGAAGGCAAAGAAAUUGUGAAGCAUAUAGCUCACUAUGAUAAUUCAAAGACCAAAAAACUCUUAGGGUUCGAAUUUAUUUCCUUCGGACAAGCUAUAACCGAUACUGUUGCCCAAAUACUAAAGGCUAACAACUAA